CCUGUGGGGGUACUUGGGCCUGUGGGGGUACUUGGGCCUGUGGGGUACUUGGGCCUCUGUGAUAUUAACCCUUGAAGUAAUAGAUACCAUGAUGUCCAGAUCAGUAAAGAAAGAGCAACAAACCUCGUUUGGCCAAGGGCCUGGGGGCCCAAGCGAGUCUGGGGGCCACACCAGUACCAGCACCGACUGCAACAUAAUGAGGAUGAGUGAGAGUGAGUACAGGCAGCUCCAGCAGAUCCUCUAUUCCCACAUGGAGGGGCCCCCUAACCAAGGGCCAAUAGCGGCCAAGCUCAAGCCGGUGUUCUUCAGUUGCAGUUUCCCCCAGUAUCAGGCCGUGAAUAUAACCGGCCAAUGUGGCACCUCAGGGACCCGGUGUGGCCAUGACCAGUCAGAAUCCUGGGGGCUCGGAGUGAUGGUGCCAAGUGAGAAAACCCUAUGUAACCCCAACAGACGUUCCUCGGGGGCGGUACUAGGGCACCAGGCGGCCAAUAAAGAAAAUGAGAUGAUGGGAUUGGCGUCUGUGGGCAGUUCCAAGUCAGCAGUCCGAGUCAGUCUGGAAGAGAGGUUCGAUGGUAUCGCCAGUGACGGGCCCCAGGGCCAAGGGCCACAAGAAUCAGACCCUCCAGGGAGAAGGUUGAUGACUCUCAUCUGCCACGUUCAACGGGCGCCAGGGGCCCAGGGCAAGUGCGCAGCCAUAGGGAACCCCACUGCCGCCCCAGGCUGCCGCCUAGUGUUACCUGCAGACAGUGGCUCCUCCCAGGCACAGGCAAAGACUUCUGGGAGUUCCUGCCCGUUACUGGAGGCAACAAGGCACCAGGAAAUCUCCCUGCCCCGGGCAGUCUCUUUGUGUUACCAACAGGGGGCAGAACCGGCCAAUCAGACACCACGGAGCAGCAGUAGGACGUCCCCUGAGCAAGGCUGCGUGAAAGUGGGGGAUGCCUCAUGUAGGCGCCGCCCAGGCAAGAGAAGCCACGCCCAGAAGGCGGAGCCCAGGGCAGAACGGAGAGCUCUGAGAGACCUGCAGGCUGUAGGAGAUGCCUGUGACCCUGGGGGGGCCCCUGAGGCCACGUCCUGGUUACCCACACACCCCAGGGCUAGUGAGCCGGAACUGAGCGGCCAGCAGGGGGGGCUCUCGCAGCGCAGAGAAAAGCACAAUCGCAUGGAAAGAGACAGGAGGCGCAGAAUUAGGGUUUCCUGUGAUGAGCUCAACCUGCUGGUUCCGUUCUGUGAUGGCGACACCGACAAAGCCACGACGCUCCAGUGGACCGCGGCGUUCCUGCGGUAUCUCCGGGGGAAGCAUGGCGAUUCUCUCAAAGCGGAGUUUGAAAGUGAGUUUUGCAGCAGGACAGGGGGAGUCGCACAGCCGGACGCAGCGCAGGAAAUUAUAUAGAGCAACUUCCUGCCGGGUAUAAAGGCCCUCAGGGGAGGUUCCAUGCACCGGAGGAGGAGGAGUCACAGCAGGAAGGAAUGUGCUUAUUGGCUGCAGCACCGGCACCUGAGCCGCGGGACUGACAUGGGAAUGAACUUUGCAAAAUACCAAAAAGAGUUGGUGACUGGGCCCCUGUGUGUACCGGGCCCUCCUGGUUCUGUGCUGUAGGUUUGUAUGAUAAGGAAUAGGCGGGGGCCCAGUGAAGCCAAUAGGGUGUCUGUUGCUCAGGGCUCUUAUUCUGCCCCUCCCAUCCCUCCACAGCCGUGGAGGCAUCAUUGGGGCAAGUGGGUAAAAGGGGCAGGGUAGUGGGGGCAGAGUGAAGGGCAAGAGGGCAGAGUAGUGGGGGCAGAGUGAAAGGCAAGAGGGCAGAGUAGUGGGGGCAGAGUGAAGGGCAAGAGGGCAGGGUAGUGGGGGCAGAGUGAAGGGCAAGAGGGCAGGGUAGUGGGGGCAGAGUGAAGGGCAAGAGGGCAGGGUAGUGGGGGCAGAGUGAAGGGCAAGAGGCAGGGUAGUGGGGGCAGAGUGAAGGGCAAGAGGGCAGAGUGAAGGGCAAGAGGGCAGGGUAGUGGGGGCAGAGUUGUGCCAAUCUGGGCACAGGCUGCUAUAUGUGUGUUUCCCUUUAUAUGUGGUUAAAGGGGCUGAGUGUGUAAAGGAAAGUGCCGAGAGUGGUGUUUGCCCCAGAAAGUGCCCUGUAAGUGGCCGGCAGGGGAUCCAGUCUGCGCUGGGGGUAUAUAUAGUGCUGAGCAAGGAAGGGGUGUCGGCACUUUGGGGGCCCCUGGGGCUCCGCCUACCUGACUGUGUGUAACUCGGUUCUCAGUUGUUAAUAAAUUGCAAAUAUCUGUU